AUGAUGCCCAUUCUCAAACGCAAGCGUUCCUCCUCGGAGCUGUCGUCUUCCCCGAGCAGCACGUCGUCUUCCCCCCCUCGCAACGACUUCAUGACCAUGGAGACGCCCGUGCAUCUGCACUCGCGUACGCUCAAGCGUUUCCGCGACUCGAGACCCUCGGAGAAGCUGAUCCACCACCGGACACUCGGCAUGCUCUACUCUGCUCAACGACAGGCAGCACCCACACCCAUUCCCGCACCGAUACAUGAGACGCAGACACCGUCUCUGCAGCAGCAGCAACCUCAACGCCAGAACCUCCAUUCAUUCUGGAAUAUAUCUUCGGCCCCCAGGACGGUCACGACCCCUGCCCAGAAGCGACGGCAAGAUGACGACGGGCCGAGCAGCUGUGAGGACUGCGGUGUUGACGUGUGUGCGGACGGGAUGGACGGGUCCGACGCCGGAUCCAUCUCGGGACAGGGAAACGGUGUCUCUGCUGCGCGGGACGGCCGUUCCCCUAGCUGA